AUGGGAUCACAGGAGCUUGCAAGCUUCCCCACUUGUACAUGCCAUUUGGGGUUGGACCAAGAGUGUCUUGGGCAGAACUUAGCCAUGGUUGAGCUCAAGGUUCUCAUCGCCCUCAUAGUUUCCAACUUCUCCUUCUCACUUUCUCCCAAGUAUAACCAUGGACCUGCCCUUAGAUUGGUUGUGGAGCCAGAGCAUGGAGUUGAUCUCCUAGUGAGGAAGCUGUGA